GCAUUCAAAAGUAAAAAAGUAAAUAUAAAAUGCGGGAAAGACGAGAGCGUGAACGAGAACGGGAAAGAGAUCGUGAACGUGACCGAGAUCGGGAUAGAGAUCGCGAACGAGAACGAGAACGCGAGCGGGACAGGAACCGCGAAAGAGAUAGAGAACGGUACCGCUCCAAAUCCAAAUCUCCUUCUCGCAGCAAUAGAAAUAGAUCCAAAUCAAAGAAGAAAAAGUCCAAGAAAUCUAAGAAGUAUUACAGACGGAGUCGCAGCAGCAGCCGCAGCUCAUCGCGUAGCACGACACCUCACAGUUCCCGCAGCAGUUCUCGUAGCCGACAUAGUAAGGGUAGGGACAACGAUACUCGAAAAUCGAAAUCUAGAUCCGUAUCACAACGCAAAACCCGAGCACCCAGCUCAGAAAAUUCUAUACGCCCGGCCACUACCUCGACAACAACUGUCAAAGGCAUUGACUUAUUGGAUGCCAAAGUGCAAAAGGCUCUGGAAACCAUCGACGAGGACACAUUCAAGCCAAGUGCCUUCUUUAGUGCACGCGACCGAGAGGCACAGGAAAAGGAGAAAGUAAUUAUUGACUUAAAUAAGGAAACUAUAAUCGUACCCAAACCAAGUGACUCUGUGACCGCAAAAGAAGACGACAUAUUUCAUCCCAAUUUUUUGGGCGAUACAGAACUAAAGGCAGAGAAGUGGCUCCGCAAACUUUACAAUUAUCGUCAAAAGUAUAUGGAGCAAUAAUAACGUAUGUUAAUUUAACAAUUAAUAAACAAUAAAAGCUUACAAAUGUCUUAAAAAAUA